CCGGCUGCGCUUCCUCGGGAGAGGCGCUCCCGGAAUCGCUAAUGCUCCAGCCCGGAGCGCAGCGCGCUGCGGCUGCAGCACCAGGCACAGCAGCAACGCCGCCGUUAAUUAUUGACCCUGCCUCCAAUUAUCAGCCCUGAUAAGGGGGCACCCCCCGGAGAGCCCAGGCAGCACUCGGUGCUCCGUGUUUUCUGGGAAUGAUAACUAUUCCGCGGAAAAGUAACUGGUUUUGUGCGCCGGGAUUGAACUGUCCUCGCAAAGGUCACCCCAGAGCCGCGGGCUGCUCUGUUGGAAAAUCAAUCCCUCUUUUGUGCUCCUUGGUUUAAACUUGUAUUUGCUUUCGGAGCAAGGUCACAGCUCAGCUGACCAAGUUUGUAGCUGCUGGAGCAGGCUGGGGUCCAGCCCCGCCGCGUUCGCCCGAACCCUUCGCUGCCGAUCCGGCCACGGGAGAAGAUGCUGUGGAGGGAGGCGAGAGCUGCCGCUCCCCGGGGGGGUUGUAGGUGCCAGCGUGAGCAGGGUGAAGUGACUCCUCAGCCCUUGUCAGAAGAUGCUUAAGUGACAGCCCACUUAGACCCCACCAUGGAGAAGACAGAAGAUGGCCAGCCACUCAAACCCGACGGGGACAGGGAGCAGCCCCGCAGCCUCCCCUACUCCCUGGAGACACCCUACGGCUUCCACUUGGACCUGGACUUCCUGAAGUACGUGGAUGACAUCGAGAAAGGCAACACCAUCAGGAGGGUCCACAUCCACCGCAGAGCCAAGCAGCCCAAAUUCAGCACCCUGCCCCGGAACUUCAGCCUGCCCGAGAGCGGCUCCCGCGCCUGCCCCACCGCCGCUCCCAGCAAGAGCUGGACCGCGACCUGCUCCUUCCCGCAGCGGAAAUCAUCCCUGGGCGAGGAGCCCCUGCGAGCCCUGCUGCCCGCCGAGACGGCCAGCGAGGAGCCGAGCUACCGCAGAAAAGCGCUGCUGGCCGAGACACGGCGGCAGGCGGGGCUGGGCUGGCCGCGGGAUGCGGGGCUGGGCUGGCCGCGGGAUAGCGGGAUGGGAUCUCAUGUGGGGCUGGGAUCUCCGCGGGAUACCGGGAUGGGAUCUCCGCGGGAUGCGGGGCUGAGUCGGUCACGGGAUGCAGAGAUGGGAUACCCGCGGGAUUCGGGGCUGGGAUCUCCGCGGGAUGCGGAGCUGGGAUUUCCACGGGAUGCGCUGCGGGCGCGGCCGCAGCUGCUGCGAGCCUCCAGCCUGCCCGAUGCGCUGCCCCCCGGCCAGAGCCCCCCAGCUGGAGCCUCGCCCCUCCGGAGCCCCCCGCAGCACUGCCGAGACCAGGGCGGCUCGGAAAGCAUCGCCCGGCGUGGCUCCGACAGCAGCGCCGUGACCCUGCCGCGGGAGAUGCGCUCGGAGCAGGACGGGUCCUUGGGAUCCCCCGGAUCCCUGGGGCAGCCCGGCGGGGUUGUGCCGGGGCCGGGCCCCGCGCAGCCCCCCUGGCUGAACCAGCAGCUGCAGGUGGUGAUGGAGAGCGGCGGCGAGGAGGGCGAUGCCGCCGAGAUGGGCGGGGGUGAAGCAGCCGCCCUCCAGCUGGCAGAGGAGAACGGGAGCCCUGCGGGAACGGGGCUCAGCGUGAGUGAGAUGGACCUGAACGUGCUGAAGGAAGGUCAGGAGAGGGAUGUGCAGGCUGGAGAGGACGAGGAGAGCGGUGAUCCCCAGGCUCCUGACGCUGGGGUCACGGCGCUGAAGCAGCAGAUCGCUCACCUGCAGCAGCAGCUGGCCAGGAAGAAAGAGGAGCUCGAGCAGGUCCGGGCAGUGCUGGAGCAGCAGGACCAGGAGAUCCAGGAGAAGGAGAAAAGCAUUAAGCUGCUGGCCAGCUGCAAAGCCGAGCUGGAAGAGCAGCUGUGCCGGGAGAAGUGCAAGGGCGGCGGGGCCCGGCCGUGCCUGGAUGCGGCGGUGAACACGGAGCCCUCGCAGCCGGCAGGGCUCAGGCACGGCCAGGACAAAGCCAUCGGUGUCACCAUCUGCGGCAGGGAGCAGGGGCUGCCUCUGGGGCAUCCUGCGGCUGCUGCUCCGAGCUUCGCCCCGCUGCGGAUCCCCGAGCACAGCCAGAACCAGCAGAGCUCCGCGGCCGAGAGCAAGGCAGGCUUUGGGGAGGAGAAACCUCGGGAAGGAGCCGCUGGCCACGAGGAUGUCCCGGCUGUGGACCCCAUCGGGCAGUACGUGAAGAGGAUCCAGGAGCUGCUGCAGGAGCAGUGGCUGUGUCUGGAGCACGGCUACCCCGAGCUGGCCAGCGCCAUCAAGCAGCCAGCCUCCAAGCUCAGCUCCAUCCAGAACCAAUUAGUUAAUUCCCUCAACUCCCUGCUCUCUGCCUACUCCUCACAAGGGCCUGUGGAUAAGGAGAAUUCCAACACACACUGUCAACAGUUGGAAAACUCUCCAACAACAAGUCUUAAAUCCAUCAUGAAAAAGAAAGGUUAUGGUUUCCAUGCAGGAGGCAAUGGGACCAAAAAGAAUCUCCAGUUUGUUGGGGUAAAUGGUGGCUACGAGACAACGUCAAGUGAAGACUCGAGCUGCGAGGACAGCGACAGCGACACCGAGACCGAGGGCAGAGCUGGGGAUGUGGAGCCUGAGGAGGCUGGAAGGGAGAACAAAGGGGCUUCCUCGGGCCAGAAGAGUGAGGAUGAUGCUGAUGGUGAUGAAGAUGGGCAGGAGGAAUCAGCAGGAGCAGCCCCCUGCUCUCAGCACCAGGCUCACAGAUGCAAACCCUCUGAAGAUUUCCUUGCUGCCUGCCAGCUCCUCAGUGAACACCUCCCAGAAAUCAGGAGCACAAGCAACAAACAUCUGCAGCCCGUGCUCGCCUCCAUCUCCCAGGAGUGGUUCCAGGUGUCCAGCCACAAGUGCUCCAGCCCAGAGGUGGUGGCAGAGUACCUGGAGGUGCUGGGGGACAUCCAGCCCCAGCUGCUGGAGGCUGUGGUGAACCUGCCUGACAGGAAUGGCAACACUGCCCUGCACUACAGCGUGUCCCACUCCAACUUCCCGGUGGCAAAGCUCCUGCUGGACACAGGGAUGUGCUGCCUGGACCUGCAGAACCGUGCUGGCUACACGCCCGUGAUGCUCACGCCUCUGGCGGUGCCCGAGACCCGCCAGGACAUGGAGGUGGUGAUGAGGCUGCUGAAGGAGGGGGAUGUCAACCUCAGAGCUGCCCAGGGGGGUCAGACUGCCCUGAUGCUGGGGGUGAGGCACGACAGGGACGACAUGGUGCGAGCGCUGCUGUCCUGCCGGGCCGAUGUCAACCUGCAGGACGAGGAGGGGAGCACGGCCCUGAUGCUGGCCUGCCAGCAGGGCAACGCUGACAUGGUCAGGCUGCUGCUGGCCCAGCCGGGCUGCCAGGUCACCCUGACUGACAAGGGAGGGAACUCAGCACUGUCGCUGGCCCAUGGGGACAUCGCCGCUCUCCUGCGCGCCCACGUGGAGCUCAGCCCGUCCCUGACUGUGUGACACGGCCAGGACAGGCCAGGACAGGACACUGCCAGCAGCACAGAGCAGACAGGAGCUGGGAGCCCUCAGCUCUGUGUGACACUGCCAGCACAGACCAGGACCCCCUGCACCCCCUGAGGGAUGCUCCCUGUCUGAUUCUCCUCACUCACACCCCUCAAACAACUCCAGGCUCUCCCAUCCCGGGGCAGAUUUGGCAGGUGAGCCACCAAAACCAAUGAGAAAAGCACAUUAGAACAGCAAUACUUAGUCCUGUGUAACCUGAGGUUAUGGGUGUCCUCUUAAUCAACUGCUUAGCUGCUUCUCAGUUAACUUGUAAGUUUGUGUCCUAAUAUUUAUUAUCAGCUCUUCUGUGAGUAGUGGCAGGCAGCGAUUACUCAGUGUAAGUAACAACAAACACAAGCUGGAUGGAUUGUGGAGAGCAUAAAAUCCUAUUUCUGUUUGCUUCUGUGGGUCUGAUGUAAGAAUUAAAAAUUAAUGCUCUAGGAAAAUAUUUGAGUAUGCCAGACCCAAACACACAGACAUUGUUUUGCCUGGAUUUGGAAUUACCAUAUGGCUGUUAUUUUCCCCUAAUUAAGUUUGAGCUAACGGGGAAGCUCAGCCCACUGACAGGCUGGGCAUUCCCAGCACUGGAAGAUCCCAGCAGAUUCCCAUCCCAGGGUGUGGUAAUGUUGUCCAAGAGCUCUGUGGAGUGGCUUUGCUGGUAGAUGCCUUUUGGACCAGAGUUUGCUCUUUGCUUUGCCUCUGCUCAAUUUGAUUUUUUUUUAUUUUCAGUUUGAAUCCCAAACUCCUCCUGCAAAGCCAACUCAUGAUUUGGCUGCUGGAAUUGGGUCUGCCCCACCAUGGAGCACCCACAGGGUCCAGCUCCACCUCAAAUCAGGGUUUUUUUCUUAAAUCCUUCUGUUUCUGACAGAGAGGGAACCAGGCCUCAGGCCCCACUUUUCCAAGCAUCCUUGUUUUGCUGCAUCAGGACCCCUUUGGCUUUGGUGGAGCAAACCCUGAUUGGCUAAUUACUUUUUUUUUUUUUUUAAUGAGCAGGAGUAAAUUCCAGACCCCUCUUGUUGUUUAUUAGUCAGUUCACAUCCUGACAAAAUGUCUCUUGAGCUGCCUUGAGCCCCCAUCCUUGCAGGGAGGGAAGAACAGCCCUGACCUCUGCUUUCCAUGGAAAUCUGCCAUCUGCUCAAUUUUCUUUCCUUUCUUAACGUUUUCAAUCCACAGCAUUCACUAUCUCAAACUUCUAUCUGCCCUUUUUUUUUUAAAUCUAUAUCCCAAAAUGCCUCCUUUAUGUAUAAAUAAAAUGAAUUAAACUUU